AAUGACAAAGGACUACUUUUAAAUAUUCACAAGUAGAUUUGCUUUUGGCGUGUUUAGAGUACCACAAAUACUGAACCUUCUAGAGAGAAGUCUGAGGAAAAAAACACGCAGAGCAAAGCUAGAGAGAAAGGGGCUUGUGUUUUUUCCAAAGUGCGUGGGCGACUGGGAGCUGCCUGUGGUGAUAAAUGUCGGCGCUGUCUCUCAAAUAUUAUACUGCAUAAGUGCACCUGCUCCCAUACAGACACAACAAUGCGAGGACAGCGUAUGGAUAGACGUUUCUCUAGCUUUAAAUGUUAAAUUAGAAGCAGUAGUUAUAUAUAUCCGUCUCAGAUAGUAAAACAAAGAACUAAAGAAAGACGAAUGACAUUUCACUGGCAAUAAUACGGCAAAUGGCAAAGUAACUUACAGAAAAAUGCAUUUGUAACUAUAUUUAUGCCAGAAACAUCAUAGUGCGAUGUACUGAAUAAUAUCCUGUGGUAAUUUAUUCGACUCCAAAUUGGUUGAUGACAUUUUCUUCACCCUCUAUCUUGCUCUAUUAUCGGGUUAAUCGCGCUGCGAUCAAUGCACGUGCAAAGUAAUUACAGCAAUUACGCGCCAAUUUGCAUUUCGAACACAGUCCGCGCGGUAAUCAUUUACCUAGCUGAUAGCGAUACUGUAAACAGACGCUUUUUAAUGUCUCUCCUCGAAGCAUUCUGACGCUGUACCCGACGAGGAUCUCAAGUUCCGCCGAAGCGUCUGGGAAGGCAGACUUUUUUUUUUUAAUGACGUAACGUAAUUUGCAGAAACUAGCGGGUGCGUUUGGGGUUUGAAGGUGUCCACUUGGGAAGUUUGCGCUCUGCCUCUGUGUGGACGUCAGUAUGUGUAUCUGGUGGUGCAAUCGAAAGCAGCGCAACUUCAAGGAGCAGAUAUUUUAUUUGAUCCCGCUAACUGCCAAUGUAAGAGAACUUUAAGCACCGGACACUAGCCGAGGAGGUCUCACCGUUCCCGUUGGACUAUAACCUCGACUACUCGCCACUGUUUUAAUUGAGCCUGGAAGAAAAGGCUGCAACUGUGCCACUUUUUUUCUUCUUAGAAGAGUCUCCGUGCAGUGUACCACAUUCAACACGGAGUCAAUCUCACCUAAAACAUGUUCACCAAAUUGUUCCUCUACUUCUUACUUCUGUCAGUAUUUCGUGCAUGUUCUCAAACAGUCGCUUCUGAGGAUGAUGAGUACGACGACGUUACUGUGAAUCAAAUGUUGGCCCCCAAAACCCACGAGACAGAUGCAACGCAAAUACUAAACAACUUACUAAAGGAGUAUGACAAAAAGCUGCGGCCAGAUAUUGGAGUUAAACCGACAGUCAUUGAUGUUGAUAUCUUCGUAAAUAGUAUUGGACCUGUGUCAUCAAUAAAUAUGGAGUACCAGAUUGACAUAAUAUUUGCGCAGACGUGGACAGACAGCCGACUCAGAUAUAACAGCACUAUGAAAAUAUUGACUUUGAACAGUAAUAUGGUUGGACUCAUUUGGCUACCAGACACUAUCUUCAGAAAUUCUAAGAACGCAGAUUCACAUUGGAUUACUACACCAAAUCAGCUCCUUAGAAUAUGGAAUGAUGGGAAAAUACUUUACACUUUGAGAUUGACCAUAAAUGCAGAGUGCCAGCUUCAACUGCAUAACUUUCCUAUGGAUGAACACUCCUGCCCCCUCAUCUUCUCCAGCUAUGGAUACCCACGAGAUGAAAUGAUUUACAAGUGGAGAAAGAAUUCGGUGCAGGCAGCUGAUCAGAAGUCAUGGAGACUUUACCAGUUCGACUUCAUGGGCCUGAGAAACACCACAGACAUAAUCAAGACAACAGCAGGUGACUAUGUGGUGAUGACUGUAUAUUUUGACCUAAGCAGAAGAAUGGGAUACUUCACAAUUCAGACCUACAUCCCCUGCAUACUUACUGUGGUUCUCUCUUGGGUCUCCUUUUGGAUCAAAAAAGAUGCAACUCCAGCCAGAACAGCACUAGGUACAUGCAUUAAAUCCAUGUCCUGUCCUGGUAAAUGUCACUUUUUUCAAGGAAUAACAACAGUUUUAACCAUGACAACGCUCAGCACGGUGGCACGGACAUCACUACCCAGAGUCUCGUACGUCACAGCAAUGGACCUUUUCGUCACUGUCUGUUUCCUGUUUGUUUUUGCGGCUCUCAUGGAGUAUGCCACACUCAAUUAUUACUCCUACAGCGCUCGCAGUCGCAGACCAACCUGCAACAAGACGAAAAGAUCGAACUACUCAGUACUGGAUGUGGGUCCUCCUCCCACAGUUAUCACGCUCAACAACUCUAUGUACUGGCAGGAGUUUGAUGAUGCCUGUGUUUAUGAGUGCCUGGAUGGAAAAGACUGCCAGAGUUUCUUCUGCUGCUACGAAGAGUGCAAAGAUGGAGCGUGGCGAAAGGGCCGUGUGCAUAUAGACAUUUUGGAACUCGAUGCGUACUCUCGUGUCUUCUUUCCCACCUCUUUCCUAUUGUUCAAUGUUGUCUACUGGGUAGGCUACUUGUAUCUUUAGCAGUCCCACACACCUCACAAUGCAAAGAACUUGACUUUUGGUUCUGUCAGAACAGACACGAAAAACAGACUUUUCAAGGUAGGGUAAAAAUAAAAGUGGAUACCAGUUAUCAAAGUUGAGCUGUGGUGAUUCAAGGACUUCUCCAGUAGGAGAUGAAAAUGAAAAAUGAGACAAUGCUACAGGAACCGAAAGCUACACCAGAUACAUCAAAACCCUUAAAACCAGGCUGUUUUUAUAUGGUCGAGAAGGAUAUCGCCACAAGCCCUUCUAAGUGGUUGCAAUUCUCUGGCAGAGACCUUUGCCUUUUGUUCUUCAGGUACCAGGGAAAAAAAGAUUCACAACGUUCCUCUCACACAAUCUCGUCUUUUUAUGGGUGAGGGAGCAGCUGUAAGAAGUCAAGGUGCGAAAAAUCCUUAGGCCAAGACAGCGUGAGAAAAAAAUGCCUUGCAUAGCAUGUGACCCUCUGACUUUUGGUGUCUCUUACAAUCCUGGUAGAUCGUUCACUUGAAUGGAAACCUGUCAUCUAGCCAUCAGUCAAAACCAGAGCGGCUUUCAUGUAAGCGCAGCUUUCAGAGCCAUCUAUAGUGCCUUCCACUGGAGGAGAAGCCAUCAGGCAGAGAAAUCUUAGAAAUGAUGGCAAGAGCAUCAUCUGGUCUUGACUGACUGCUGAUGGUUUUCUUUUGGAGUUUAUUCGAGCUUUAGUUAUAGUCAUUCAUUAUUUUGAUACGUUCAACAUGUCUAAACCCAUUGUCACUGCAUGUUAUAUGAUAGUAUUAAGCUCUACCCUGAAUCAGCACAAUAAUGACAAGAGAGUAGAUCCAUUUUGAAAUAUUUGGGAUAUUAAUUAGUUUGUAGACUGCAAAUGUUUGCCUAUAUUUCUAGAUUUUUAUUGCAUAUUUUUUCCACACAAAAGAGAGGUUAAUUAAAGAUUAAAUCAAUAUAUUAUAUAGUAGAUAAUAUUUAAUUCUGAAAUGUCUAAAAUCUAUUAGCAUCAAUCAAUCUAUUGUUAAAAAGUGCAUGUAUAGAAUGGAUCUUAAGUUCCAUAGAUUCUCAACCUUCAGUCCAGCCUGAGUUGGCACAAUAAUUGCUGUCCAUUUCUACACCCAAAGGGAAUCAAGGAAAGUGAUUUUCUCUAGUUCAUCAUGGACACAUUUGUAUUAUUUACAGAUUUUAUGAUUUUGGACUUAUAUCUACAGCCCCAUCCUAUGAUAUGGCAAUACAUUUAACACGUGCAGGUUGGGUAUCACUGCAUAUAUUGUAUACGAUAGUUCAUUCAAAAAGUCAAUUCUGUCAUUCUUUAUUCACACUCAUAUACUGUACAUUAGAUUUCCCACUUACGGAAUACAAAAGGAAUGGAAGAAUGUCAAGGCUGCGCUUUUUUGUACAGUACAAUUCGUUAGUGCUUUUUGAAAAAAGAAAAAUCAUAAAGGUUAGACACAACAUGAGGGUGAGUAGAGAGUGACAGAUUUUAUUUUAUAUAUAUAUUUGAGUGAAAUAUCCAUUUAGUAAUAAAAAGGAGUGUCAAAGUAAUACUCAAUCAAAACAAUCAGUAACACUUUACAGAUGGUUAACAUUAGUUAAUGCAUUAGGUAUCUUUGAAGUAACAAUGAAUAACAUUUUUACAGCAUUUGUACUGAUGUUCAUUCAUAACACAUUUACUUUUAUUUACUGUUAGUUCAUGAUACCCCAUGCAUUAGCUCAUGUUAGUAAAUUGAAAUUUGUUGUAAAGUGUUACCAAACAAUCUUCAGCACACUACAGUAAGACACCCUACAUAAUCACUGUGUUCAUUACCGAACUGUAAUUCACAAUACGAGUUGUUACUGUGUUGCCUUAGGGUCACCUGCACAGAGAUACUGUGAGAUGAUCCAUUAGAGAAAGACAAAUGGAUUAAUAUAAGGUAUCUACUUCAAAUUAUAGUCAUUACCAAAGGAUUCACACUAGCUAAAAAUAUUCAGAGGCAAUCUCAAACUCUUUUUUCCCCAAACUAUGGUGAAUUAUUUUGUAGUCAUGAUCUUCAUUAUCACUAUCGUCUCAUGUGUAAUAAGUUAAUGCGUGAUGCACAUCAAGGCAAUAUUAUUGUUAAUUUUCUUCCUCAAUGAUUGUAGCAUUUCCCAUCUGAUACCACUGUGGUGGGCUGUGGAUUCUAUCAUUCUGGCACCAGCUUCAGCUCUAAUACAUCUGACCUACAGAAGGUAUCAACAUUUAAUCAGUCAAAUAAUUUUCCACCUGUCAGUGUGGGCUCUCUGUAACUUUCAUCUUUGAAGUCACGUUUGUACUUGAUUUCAUCUUUUACAGGUACUCGUUUUAGCAUCUUUGUAAGGUAAUCUUUUUAAGGAUUGUCUCGAAGUCUGUUAAUGACGUUCUGAUUAACCAGAAAUGUGCUGUGAUUUGCUGCCAAGCCGAUUCUCCUCUUGCAUUUCAUGACGCUGUAGUGAUUUUUUUGUUGUGGCUUCUAGAAGGUGUCAGUCCACUAUUGACCUGUUUUGCGAUUCCGUUUGAUGAUAAUCUGUGAGUGCUUCAACAUGUUGUUAUUGCAGUUGUUAAUUCAGUUUGACGUACAAUAAUUAUUAGCUGUUCAGUUGUAGUGGUGCUAGAGCUUCAAACUGACCAUCGUUCGAGGUUUUUGCUCUUCACUCCCAAGGAAUCAGACAAAUCUGACUAAAAGUCGUGUUAGUUACCUAAAGCCAUAUGCUGGAAUUAAAUCUAAUUAUACUGCUUUUUAUAGAGGCCUAAUAAUGACAUUAAUUCCAAUGACGAAGUGCUCAGAGGAAGAAAAUAGAAAAUCUUGUGCAUUAGCCCUUGAUGUAUUUUAAGAUUAUUUGGUUACUUUUUGUCACUGGAUGUCAUUCUUCACCAUUCAAGCCAGGGGGUCUUUUCAGAGCAAUGAACAUAGUGUUAAGUUUUUUGUUGUUGUUGUUGUUUUCGUCACAUGGAGAAAAUGAUUUACACAUUCAAGUGACCUUUAAGAGGGUGGAAAUGCUAUCCUUAAUGAUAUAUAACAUGCAUUCACUGAACACUCUAUAGCAUCCUUCCCACAGUCCAGCCACUGAGCAGACCAGAUUAAUCUGGUUCAGAAUCAGUCAUUGUUUAUUUUGACUUCCUUUACAUCCUUGGAAUUGACAUAGAAUUAAUAAAACCUUCCAACUGCAGGUCAACCGUUAAAGGCUGAAUGCCAAAGAAAUCACAUUCACUGAUGUACUAUGAAGAUGGCUCCCCCCAUUAAUAUCAUUCUUUUUUUCUCAGUAAUGUUGUUGGGAUUUGUUUGUGAAUUACAAUACAGUAAAUUACACCAUAAUUCCUCCAGGUGUCUGAAACCCUUCUGUUUCAAGUAGUCAGAUUAGUAGCAAUCUUUGAAUACAUUAAUAUCAGUGGCCUGUACUGUUUCUGGGCAUCGUCUUAAAAUAUAACCACUGUACUGAUAGUGCUAAUAAUAUUAAUCAUAAUUAAAUCUCUUUUCUCUAUUGCCCCAGUCACACAGUCACACAUUGUGCACCUCUUUUUCAUAUGAACACACAACCUUUCAUUGUAGAUUAUGGCUUUGUGUUUACAAUGACAAUUUGGUGUGUAUUUAUCAUGUUUCUAUGGUUUGUGAGUGCUCACAAUGUGCAGUGUUGUCAGUGGGGUUGUCAUAUGGAUUUGGUAAUAGAGGGUUUCUGUGAGUUUUUGGCCUGUCCAUAAACUCAUUUCUAUUUCUCGUGCUUUUUUCAUAUAUGUAGUUCUUUUUAUAACUGAAUUGUAAAGUGCAGAGGUGAAUCAGAAGAUGUGAAAUAAAACUGUUUUCUUUUUUCCCA